CCGGCCGCGACUCUCUCUCUGAGGAAGCAAUGAGGAGGAGGGAUCCGUCGCCCUGCUGAUACCGGGAGGAUGCAGUAACAUACGUUUGUUUUUUAGUGGGAUCAUAUUUGUAUAUUUCUCGGAAAAACAAACAAUACGUUGCGGAUUUGGCGUGUCCAUCACUCGGAUGCAAGCAGAGCCAGGCCCAACUUAACAAUGGGCCCCAUUCCCCUGUGUGUGCUGCUCCCAGUGAUGGUGCUGGCUGUGGUGGUUGCUAUAGCUGCUGAGGAGAAUGCAGUUGAUGACGAGUAUACCUGGCCGCAAUGGAAGGUGCCUCUGGUAAGGCAAAGAAGCACUGUCCCUCUAAGCAGCCCAAAGUUUUCAGCGCAUCCUCAGGCGGAGCUGAGCGGGACCUGUGGGAUCGAGUGUCAGCGCCGCCUUCCUGCCUCCACGCUGGGUGACCUGGAGCAGUUCCUGUCCUACGAGACGGUCUAUGAGAAUGGUACACGCACGUUAACCUCAGUUUCUGUGCAGGGCCUGAAUGAGGUAGCUUCCUGGUCCAAAAACAUCUCAUCUAGGUCCCGGCAAAAACGCGAGGUGUACGGCACAGAUACCCGCUUCACCAUCUCUGAUAAGCAGUUCUCCACUAAAUAUCCAUUCUCCACCUCUGUGAAGAUCUCCACAGGAUGUUCUGGAGUUCUUGUGUCGCCUAAACACGUUCUGACUGCUGCCCACUGCAUCCAUGAUGGGAAGGAUUAUCUAGAUGGGGUGCAGAAGCUGCGAGUUGGUAUUUUAAAGGAGAAGUCCAGACGAGGGAAAGGAGGAAAAGGUAGAGGAGGGCGGGGAAAGGGCAAAAGGAGAAAGGGAGACAAAGAUGACGAGGAAGUGCAGGAAAAGGAAGGGGACGAUGGUAAGGGGGACCGUAAAGGAAAAGGGAAAGGUAGAAAGAGCCGCAGUCGGCGAAGUGCAGAAUCAGGGAAACCUUCGUUCAGGUGGACCGGGGUCAAGAAAACCCAGUUGUCUAAGGGCUGGUUCAAAGGUGUGUCUGAAGGACUGACUGCGGAUUAUGACUAUGCUGUUUUGGAGCUGAAGAAAGCACCUAAAGUCAAACACAUGGAUCUGGGUGUUAUCCCUUCUGUCAAGAAGCUUCCUGCCGGGAGGAUCCAUUUCUCUGGCUUCGAUGAUGACCGCCCUGGAAACCUGGUGUACCGUUUCUGCUCCGUCUCUGACGAGUCAAAUGAUUUGAUGUACCAAUACUGCGAUGCCAAACCUGGCACCAGUGGCUCCGGGAUCUACAUCCGUCUCAAAGAGCCAGGCAAGAAGAAGUGGAUUAGGAAGAUCAUCGGGGUAUUCUCUGGGCACCAGUGGGUCGAUGUUAACGGGAAUGGGAUGCAGCAGGAUUACAACGUGGCAGUCAGGAUAACACCCCUCAAAUAUGCCCAAAUCUGCUACUGGGUCCAUGGGGACUCAAGUCUGUGCAAGGUAGCUUAAGAAAACACAGGACCCCCACUUGACCACCAACCCUCUCCCCUUCCACCUCUAUACUAAAGGCACCCUCCCAACUCUCACCUACCACCUUUCAACACCAACCAGGGGCCCCGACGACUGCCUCUCCCAUUCCUGCCUCCCUUUUACCUCCUCUGCCUCCCAGUGACUCCUGUUACACAGAUCUAAGACCACACACACACAACCCGUAUUCAGCCAGACUCAGUGUUGACAACAACAGGAAUUGUCUUUGUCAAGAGAACUGUGGCUUAUCAGCUUUUUCUAAUUUAUUUGCUAAGAAAAUGGAGAAAAAAAUAUGUAUUAUGUGUAUUUACAGAUUAAUCAAAUCUGCUGUUUUGCUUUCUAUUUUGAUUUUUGUUUUCUUUUAUUUGACCUUUUUGGAUACAAUGUUGUAAAGGGUGUGUAUUCAAAUGUUUAUGAGCAAAGGCCCUGGUACAUUUAUUCUAUUCCAACUAGGCUUUUUAUGGAGAAACGUCCACGUGUUCUCCACCACUGUAAAGAAGAGUGUGUGCAUUGGCUUUGACAAAAGACCCAGAAGAAAUUAACUUUUGUGACAAAUGAACUAUAUAGAGAUAACGUUUUUUAUAAACAUUUGAAUUGAACAAGCUGGUGUUUUGCAUUGUGUAUAUCUAGAAAUUCGUUUUUUACUACUACCUUGAAAAAAAAAAGAGAUUGUUUUUCCGUCUGAAUAGAGAAAGGGUCAGAUUUCCUAUCUGCGAAUCACACCAUCUUCUCUCUGUUCUUGCAACGCAGUGAAAUAUGGUGUCAUUGUUUUGCACAUACAGUGGGGAGAACAAGUAAUUGAUACACUGCCGAUUUUGCAGGUUUUCCCCCUUACAGAGCAUGUAGAAGUCUGUAAUUUUUAUCAUAGGUACUCUUCAACUGUGAGAGACGGAAUCUAAAAAAAUCCAGAAAAUCACAUUGUAUGAUUUUUAAAUAAUUAAUUUGCAUUUUAUUGCAUGACAUAAGCAUUUGAUACAUCAGAAAAACAGAACUUAAUAUUUGGUACAGAAACCUUUGUUUGCAAUUACAGAGAUCAGACGUUUCCUGUAGUUCUUGACCAGGUUUGCACACACUGCAGCAGGGAUUUUGGUCCACUCCUCCAUACAGAUCUUCUCCAGAUCCUUCAGGUUUCGGGGCUGUCACUGGGCAAUACGGACUUUCAGCUCCCUCCAAAGGUUUUCUAUUGGGUUCAGGUCUGGAGACUGGCUAGGCCACUCCAGGACCUUGAGAUGCUUCUCACGGAGCCACUCCUAAGUUGCCCUGGCUGUGUGUUUCGGGUCGUUGUCAUGCUGGAAGACCCAGCCACGACCCAUCUUCAAUGCUCUUACUGAGGGAAGGAGGUUGUUGGCCAAGAUCUCGCGAUACAUGGCCCCAUCCAUCCUCCCCUCAAUACGGUGCAGUCGUCCUGUCCCCUUUGCAGAAAAGCAUCCCCAAAGAAUGAUGUUUCCACCUCCAUGCUUCACGGUUGGGAUGCCGUUCUUGGGGUUGUACUCAUCCUUCUUCUUCCUCCAAACACGGCGAGUGGAGUUUAGACCAAAAAGCUCUAUUUUUGUCUCAUCAGACCGCAUGACCUUCUCCCAUUCCUCCUCUGGAUCAUCCAGAUGGCCAUUGGCAAACUUCAGACGGGCCAGGACAUGCGCUGGCUUGAGCAGGGGGACCUUGCGUGCGCUGCAGGAUUUUAAUCCAUGAAGGCGUAGUGUGUUACUAUUGGUUUUCUUUCAGACUGUGGUCCCAGCUCUCUUCAGGUCAUUGACCAGGUCCUGCCGUGUAGUUAUGCUUCUUAAAGAAAAACUAACAGGUCUGUGAGAGCCGGAAUUCUUACUGGUUGGUAGGUGAUCAAAUACUUAUGUCAUGCAAUAAAAUGCAAAUUAAUUAUUUAAAAAUCCUACAAUGUGAUUUUCUGGAUUUUUGUUUUAGAUUCCAUCUCUCACAGUUGAAGAGUACCUAUGAUAAAAAUGAAAGACCUCUACAUGCUUUGUAAGUGGGAAAACCUGCAAAAUCGGCAGUGUAUCAAAUACUUGUUCUCCCCACUGUAACUAUACCGGUGCUUAUCCAGAAAACAUGGUGCUAAUUUAUGAAAUUGUAAACUUGGGGGGGGGGGGCGGCGAGGUUGGGGAUUUUUCAGAAUAUAUUUUGAUAGCCUAGUACAGUUACUAUGUAUUUUAUGUGAGGCUACAUAUGUGGGUUUUGUUAAGAUGGGAAGGAACCAUUUAAUGAUUUACUUAGCUGUUGAUAUUUCUCUAAUUCUAUUGGUUAAUAAGAUUACAAAGGCAAUGUUGCUAUAUCGUAACAAAUUCUAAUCUGGGAUAUGAUAUAUUUUACUAUUUUGUUGUUUGUCCAAAACAUUUUUGCAUCCUUUUCAAUACCAAACACCUGAUCAUUAUGAUGCGGCUUGACAACUUUCAACCAUUAAAUCAAGAUUACUACUUGUGUGUGUGUGUAUUUGUGAUGAUCCUGAAUUUUACACCAGUUCCUGGGCAGUUGGUGUAACACCAAUAACUAUUUCUGUUUCAUUUAAUUACAUAAAAAGGAAUGACUAAUAUGUCACCAUAACUCACUGUGCAACAUGGCCGGAUGAUUUAUUUGCUAGGGGACCAGGGCAAAGGUUGUUGGUGGGCCCCUUUUAAAGACCACAACCUCUGGCAUGCACACUGUUGCUUCCAUAUUCCCAUUGAAGCUGCACUAAUCAAUGUUUAUUUAUAAAAAACUAAGGAUCAAAUUAAUAGUUUUGUCUCUCUGAUGAACCCCAAUAAAAAUAUCACCCGA